AAAAAGUGUGGGCGAGCCUGCUCUCUGUAUCUCGUAGCCCCACCCCAUUCGCAUUAGUCCCGCCCCUUUGGGCUGGAACGGGAGGUGUGGCCCUUCGGACCUCAAGGUUCCCCUUAACACAGAGCGCCCCAGUCUUCGCGGAAAGCGUUCUGGGUAGGCGAUGGCUGCGACGCGUGCAGGGCCCCGCGCCCGCGAGAUCUUCACCUCGCUGGAGUACGGACCGGUGCCGGAGAGCCACGCAUGCGCACUGGCCUGGCUGGACACCCAGGACCGGUGCUUGGGCCACUAUGUGAAUGGGAAGUGGUUAAAGCCUGAACACAGGAAUUCAGUGCCUUGCCAGGAUCCCAUCACAGGAGAGAACUUGGCCAGUUGCCUGCAGGCACAGGCCGAGGAUGUGGCCGCAGCCGUGGAGGCAGCCAGGACGGCAUUUAAGAGCUGGAAUGCCCACCCUGGCGUCGUCCGGGCCCAGCACCUGGUCAGGCUGGCCAAGGUGAUCCAGAAGCACCAGCGACUGCUGUGGACCCUGGAAUCCCUGGUGACUGGGCGGGCUGUUCGAGAGGUUCGAGACGGGGACGUCCAGCUGGCCCAGCAGCUUCUCCACUACCAUGCAAUCCAGGCAUCCACCCAGGAGGAGGCACUGGCAGGCUGGGAGCCCAUGGGAGUAAUUGGCCUCAUCCUGCCACCCACAUUCUCCUUCCUUGAGAUGAUGUGGAGGAUUUGCCCUGCCCUGGCUGUGGGCUGCACUGUGGUGGCCCUCGUGCCCCCGGCCUCCCCGACACCCCUCCUCCUGGCCCAGCUGUCAGGGGAGCUGGGCCCGUUCCCAGGAAUCCUGAAUGUCAUCAGUGGCCCUGCCUCCCUGGUGCCCGUCCUGGCCUCCCAGCCUGGAAUCCAGAAGGUGGCCUUCUGCGGAGCCCUGGAGGAAGGCCGUGCCCUUCGACGGACCCUGGCGGGUGAGUGUGCGGAGCUGGGCCUAGCGCUGGGGACGGAGUCGCUGCUGCUGCUGACAGACACAGCGGACGUCGACUCGGCCGUGGAGGGUGUCGUGGACGCCGCCUGGUCCGACCGCGGCCCGGGUGGCCUCAGGCUCCUUAUCCAGGAGUCUGUGUGGGACGAAGCCAUGAGACGACUGCAGGAGCGGAUGGGGCGGCUUCGGAGUGGCCGAGGGCUGGAUGGGGCCGUGGACAUGGGGGCCCGCGGGGCUGCUGCAUGUGACCUGGUCCAGCGCUUUGUGCGUGAGGCGCAGAGCCAGGGUGCACAGGUGUUCCAGGCUGGCGAUGUGCCUUCAGAACACCCAUUCUAUCCUCCAACCUUGGUCUCCAACCUGCCCCCAGCCUCCCCAUGUGCCUGGGCAGAGGUGCCAUGGCCUGUGGUUGUGGCCUCCCCCUUCCGCACAGCCAAGGAAGCACUGGCAUUGGCCAACGGGACGCCCCGCGGGGGCAGCGCCAGCGUGUGGAGCGAGAGGCUGGGCCAGGCACUGGAGCUGGGCUACGGGCUCCAGGUGGGCACCGUCUGGAUCAAUGCCCACGGCCUCAGAGACCCUUCGGUGCCCACAGGCGGCUGUAAGGAGAGUGGGUGUUCCUGGCAUGGGGGCCCAGACGGGCUGUAUGAGUAUCUGCGGCCCUCAGGGACCCCUGUCCGGCUGUCCUGCCUCUCCAAGAACCUGAACUAUGACACCUUUGGCCUUGCUGUUCCCUCAGCCCUGCCGGCUGGGCCUGAAAUAGGGCCCAGCCCAGCACCCCCCUAUGGGCUCUUCGUUGGGGGCCGUUUCCAGGCUCCUGGGGCCCGAAGCUCCAGGCCUAUCCAGGAUUCGUCCGGCAACCUCCAUGGCUACGUGGCUGAGGGUGGAGCCAAGGACAUCCGAGGUGCCGUGGAGGCCGCUCACCAGGCUUUCCCUGGCUGGGCGGGCCAGUCCCCAGGGGCCCGGGCGGCCCUGCUAUGGGCCCUGGCGGCUGCACUGGAACGCCGGAAAUCUACCCUGGCCUCGAGGCUGGAGAGGCAGGGAGUGGAGCUCAAGGCUGCGGAGGCGGAGGUGGAGCUGAGUGCAAGGCGACUUCGGGCAUGGGGGGCCCGGGCGCAGGCCCAAGGCCACACCCUGCAGGUAGCGGGGCUGAGAGGCCCUGUGCUGCGCCUGCGGGAGCCGCUGGGUGUGCUGGCUGUGGUGUGUCCGGACGAGUGGCCCCUGCUUGCCUUCGUGUCCCUCCUGGCUCCCGCCCUGGCCUACGGCAACACUGUGGUCAUGGUGCCCAGCGCGGCCUGUCCCCUGCUGGCCCUGGAGGUCUGCCAGGACAUGGCCACCCUGUUCCCAGCAGGCCUGGCCAACGUGGUGACAGGAGACCGGGACCAUCUGACCCGCUGCCUGGCCUUGCACCAGGACGUCCAGGCCAUGUGGUAUUUCGGAUCCGCCCAGGGUUCCCAGUUUGUGGAGUGGGCCUCAGCAGGAAACCUCAAACCGGUGUGGGUGAACAGGGGCUGCCUGCGGGCCUGGGACCACGAGGCCGAGGGGGCAGGCCCGGAGCUGGGGCUGCGAUCGGCGCGGACCAAGGCCCUGUGGCUGCCUAUGGGGGACUGAUGCCUGAGCGCCACCUGCUGCAUUUUGGACACCUCAGACCAAGGGGAAAUGCACCCCCGCAGACAUCUGGGACUUUCCCCUUCUGUGGGGAAUAAAUAAAGUCUCUGACAAACCCUAGCUAUGCUUCUGUGAGAAGAAAGUAGCAACUUCUGGCAGAUAUGAGGCUUUUUUUUUUUUUUUUUUUGAGACAAGUUCUGGCUCUGUCACCCAGGCUGGAGCGCAGUGGCACAAUCUCAGUCCACUGCAGCCUCCAUCUCUGGGGCUCAAGGGAUCCUCAUGCCUCAGUCUCACACGUAGCUGGGGCCACAGACAUGCGCCACCACACCUGGCUCAAGGCCAUUUUAGUUCUGAGGUUGAGCAGCUCAGGAGCUGGCUCCAGCACAAUGCUGUGUAUGUGAAAGAGAGAAAGGGGACCCCCGAGGACCCCGGACAGGGCCUUAGGACUCUCAUAUCUUCUUGUCUUCUCCAUCUGGCAGCUCUUGCUCUCUGGUUUUCUCUGCCUUUUCAUGGCCCCGGAAUCCAUACGCAGUAAAGGAGCUCUCUGGAAUAAAAUUAAAGUCCUCCUAUA